AGUCUUUCCACUGCGCCGUAAGCGUUGGUUCUCGCGUUUGGUUGGAUGUAGUGAUGACCAGAUAAGCGACCGCCCCCAUGGCGGUUACGAAAGUUUUAAUGUCUUUUAUGAUUCGUCUGCAUAAUUUGAAUCGACGCUUUUUUAUCUGUUCCAGGUUACUGUGUUAAAUCGAGUGGUUCAUAGUGACUCUUACCAUUGAGACACCAGGCCGCAGCGUCGUUGCCGCAUACUCGCACACUUCAAAUGAUUGAUCGAGGCUUCCAGCUCGAGUCGAAAAAAUAAUGUGAGAUGGGGUCCAAUCCUACAAUAUUUAUAUAUCUCUUUGACCAUGGCCCAGCCUCAGCCCUCGGAUCUGAGCCUGCCUUGAUUACAAUUCAAUAUUUUCGAGGCCAGUUUUCAACGUGAAAACUCAACUGUCGUUUAAAUUUUACGUCGUAUGGGAAUAAUUUCUUUGAAAAUUACCCAACUGUAUAUUUCCUCGGGUUUCUGGGUUUCUCGGGUGAAUUACUUGUACCAGAAUUUCUGUCGUCAAGCUCUUUCUAAACCUUUGGCAUCAAGGUCUAUCACUUCCUUGGGACAGCACUUUUUUUAGUUACUUGUGAAUACCCCUAAGAAAGGCGUGGAAUCAUGCCUCAUGUUGUCUCUCAAAUGCAGCCAAGGGAGAGGCCCCAACCAACGUCUAACUCGAAACGAACAAUAAUUAAGAAUGCAAUUUCUCAAGAUAACCUUCGACCAUCUCCUACUCCUGGUCGUCGAAAUGCAAAUGGCCCAACUCCCACCUUGAGUUUGCUCGUUACCCCACAAGGUGCAUGUAACUUUACACCAGGUCGACAGCAUUCAAAACAAUUUUCUCCUGAUAGAAUGACACCUAUAUCUGCAGUCGAUUCCGUUUUUGAAUUAUCUUCGGCAGCUACAAAUGCUUCCCCAAACUCAGCCACAUCAUCAUUUAUUGCCGAGCUGGAAGAUACUUCUCCUGGGGCAGCCAAACCCCAAAAGAUCAAUAUGGAUUCAAAGUCUCCACUCAGUCCUACACGUUCCUUACAUGCAGCUACUGCCAUUGAUGCUAUCAAUGACUUCGAGGCAGAGAACAAGCGUCUUCUUGAGCGGGCUAUUGCGGCCGAAAGUGCAGCAAAGUUAUUGGAGGAGCAAAAUAUCGAUCUCCGAAGAAAAGUCAACUAUUGUAUGGAACAACAUAGACCGAAGACUGCACCGGCUCAGAGAACCUCACAAGACUUACGCAAGCGCAAUACUGCAUACAGCACAACACCUUUAUCCGCUUUCAACACUAUGAUGGAUCAUGUGGAGGCUAAGUAUUUACCACCUCCUAUUAAUGACACACCCACACCAUUGCCUCGAAGGAAAUCUUCAUUCCCAUCAGAAUCACUAGUUUCACAUCAAGGUGAACUUACGCCAAACAGAUUCGGUCCCAGUGGAUUUAUUCCCUCGCGGCGACCUCCCCCAAUUCCAGAGAGCAAAAAGGUUCCUUCAUCAAAAGACCAAACCCGUCGUCGUGAUACAUUAAAAAAUAACGUCGUGAGCACUACAAAAACAACACGUUCUAAUAGUCGAAUGACCAAAAUCUCCUUGUCGGAUGCCACUCUUAGAUCUAAACCAUUACCAUGGGCUCCAUCAGCAAUUCCAGGUAUGGUUGAAAUCGGCAGUACAUAUGAAGAUGCUGCCCCUACGUCCCAAUUGAGACCGAAGAAGAGUUUCGCGAAAUUCUUCAGAAAAGCAAAGAAGGAAUAAUCCGUAGCGCUUUGGUCCACAAAUUUUCCCUUUGUCUAUAAUACCAAUGCGGAAUGUAUUCGGAUGUCAUAUCAUACAUCCCAGGCGUUUCGGAACUUUAUUGUGUAUAUAUGUUAUGAAUAACGAAAGUGGUACAUAUGGAGUAAUUGGGUAUUUGGCCGCGGAAAGGACUUUGUACGGGCUUUCCGGAAUGAGGAAUAGUAGUCGAGUAAUAGUAUACUGUUCCUUUCAUAUUUAUUAUUUGUUUGCGAUGAACUGUGCUUGAUCUUUUAUCUCUGAG